AUGAAGAAUGCGUUCAAUUCGUAUGGGAUUGACCAUGUCGUGCUGGUCAAACUUGCUUCUGCCGCCGUGGUUUGUUGGUUACUUGGGAGUAGGGAGGAAGAGGCUAUGGCGACUAUUUCUCAUGUUUGGAUGGAUGGGCAGCCGAAUCGGGUGUAUAGAUCCGGCGGAAAUACUAUCCAGAGGAAAGGAUGGGCUGCAGGAGAUGCGGCGAGAAGAGCUGUGCAGUUGGCGCUGCUGGUACAGGAUGGCCAACCAGGUUCGCCGGGAGCUUUGAGCGCGAGGCCGUGGGGGUUUUGGGAGCGGACCUUUGGCGAGACGGGGUUUGUAUUUCCGCGGCCUUUUGGGUCGUGGACGGUGCGCAAUGUGCUGUUCAAGACUAUGCCUGUGGAAGGGCAUGCGAUCUCGGCUGUGGAGGCGGCUGUACUGCACGCUCGUCUGUUACGACAGAAGGGUCUGUCAGAUCCUCUUGAACAGAUUGAACGGAUAGAUUUGAGGACGACUGCUGCUGCUUUUCUGAUCAUCAACAAGCGUGGCCCGCUGCAUAAUGCUGCUGAUCGGGAUCACUGCAUUCAAUAUGUCGUUGCUUUGGCUUUCUUGAAGGCUAGUCCGCCGGAUGCUGCGGACUAUCUAGACGAAAGCCCUUGGGCAACCAGUGAGAAGCUUGAAGCCCUGCGAGAAAGAAUUGUGGUGCAGUCCGACACCAAGCUCACUGAGGAUUACCUGGACCUGGACAAGAAGAGCAUCGGUGCGGGGAUGAAGGUGCACCUUGCGGAUGGGACCUCGAUGCCUGAAAUACUCGUUGAAUACCCUGUUGGACAUCCACGGAAUCCAAAGACACCCGCUGCAGUACAAGAGAAGUUUUUCCGAAACAUGGGGCUCAUGUUCGAUACAACAGAGAUCGGUCGGAUGUUGGGCGCUGUUCAGAAUCCAGAUACCAGGAUCUCGGAUUUUAUGGAUCUGUUUAUCCGCCCGUCAAACGAGGCGAAGUUGUAA